AUGUCAUUCACCGUCGACGAACACCACUUCGCUGCCGGUGACGACACUUACUCGGAUUACGGUGGGUUUUCCAGCUUCUCCGGCGAAGAAGUCCCCGUAGAUCACACACCAGCAGCCACGGAGUCGCCUCAAAUAUUCGGAUUCACCGAUCAGGAUUCAAGUUUCGCUCAGUCUCCCUUCGAACCGAUGCACGUAAUGGAAAACGGAAACGGUUACGGAGGUCACGAUGAGGAUAUUUUUGCCUCCGACGGACCUGUGCUGCCUCCUCCCGGCGAGAUGGAGCCAGAGGAAGGUAACGUUCUUCGGGAAUGGCGCCGUCAAAAUGCCAUUCAGCUAGACGAGAAGGAGAAAAGAGAAAAAGACAUGAGAUUGAAGAUUAUUGAGGAAGCUGAAGAGUAUAAAGUGGGUUUCUAUGAGAAAAGGAAGCUCAAUGUUGAGACUAACAAGGUUCAAAACAGAGAAAGGGAGAAGUUAUACUUGGCUAAUCAAGAAAAUUUCCACAAAGAGGCUGACAAAAAUUACUGGAAAGCAAUUGGGGAGAUAAUUCCUCGUGAGGUUGCCAACAUUGAGAAGAAAAGAGGCAAAAAGGAUCAGGAUAAGAACCCAUCAGUUACCGUCCUCCAAGGCCCAAAGCCGGGCAAACCCACUGAUCUUUCUAGGUUGCGGCAGAUAUUGUUAAAGUUGAAACAUACACCACCACUUCACAUGAUCCCUCCUCCACCUGCACCUGCUAAAGACUCCAAAGAUGGGAAGGCUGGAAAAGAAACAGCAACUAAACCAAAUGGAUCAGCACCAGAAGGUGCACCUGAAACACAACCAAAGGAUGCUGCCAUUGUUGAUGCCGCAGAUUUACCUGUGAAAGAAGCUCCUGCCACUGAGGAGCAGUCUGCUACAUAA